CGCAUGCACAGUGGCACAAACACCUCAGACACAAAGUCCGACUUGCAUUUACUGUUUUCCUUUCGUCCACCACACAUACAUAUCGGCGUUUUAGCUGCACAAAACCAUGAAAGCACAAACACGCAUCCUCAUUCUCCUCUCUGCCCGAUCUCUCGGCACCUUAUCGUCUUCCACCAUGUCCCGUGUGAAGUCUCAAGCCCCAGUUGGCCACAAUAAGCAAAUGAAUGGCUUCAAAGAGCUGCACGGGCUCCAGUGUAUUGCUCCUUUGGUGCGGACAGUGGAGGAGACUCCAGAGCCUAUCCCUGCCACAAUCAAGGGCACCAUCCCUACCUGGAUCAAGGGAGGUCUACUCCGCAAUGGCCCUGGAAAGUUUGAGUUUGGAAACCAACACUACAACCACUGGUUUGAUGGGAUGGCUUUGAUGCACCGCUUUCAGAUUAUGGAUGGUCAGGUGACCUACAGGAGCCAGUUCCUACGCAGUGACUCCUACAACCAGAACUCUGAGAGGAAUCGCAUUAUGGUGUCUGAGUUUGGCACGCUGGCCUUCCCUGACCCCUGCAAGAACGUGUUCCUGCGCUUCCUGUCCCGCUUCGAGAUGAUGAAGCCUACAGACAAUGCAAGCGUGAGCUUCAUCAAAUACAAGGGCGACUACUAUGUCAGCACAGAGACAAACUUUAUGCAUAAAGUGGACCCGGAGACUCUGGAAACAAAACAGAAGGUGGACUGGAGCAAAUUCAUUGCAGUCAACGGGGCCACUGCCCACCCCCACAUUGACCCAGAUGGUACAGCCUACAACAUGGGCAACUCUUAUGGUAGCAAAGGAGCUUUGUACAACAUUAUCAGUGUGCCUCCAGCCAAAGAAGGCCCAGAUGACACCCUGAAAGGGGCAAAGGUGCUGUGCUCCAUCAUCCCCACUGACAGAACAAGACCCUCCUACUACCACAGCUUCGCCAUGUCAGAGAACUAUGUGGUGUUCAUCGAGCAGCCCAUAAAGAUGGAUCUGUUAAAGAUAGUGACGUGUAAGCUGAGGGGGAAAAACUUAAGCGACGGCAUCUACUGGGACCCCAACCAGGAGACUGUCUUCCACCUUGUCAACAAGCAAACUGGCAUGGUGAGUCCAGUGAAGUAUCACACCAAGCCUCUGUCCACCUUCCACCAGAUUAAUGCUUUUGAGGAGGGCGGCUUGCUCAUGGUGGACAUGUGCUGCUCGGAUGACGGCCAGGCCAUCAACAACUUCCUCAUUCAGAACUUACGCAAGUCUGGAGAGGCACUGGACAAGGUGUAUAACAGCUUGGCCAGGACGUUUCCUCGCCGCUUUGUCCUGCCUCUCAACAUCACUAGCGACACUCCACUAGACCAGAAUCUCAACACACGGCCCAACAGUUCCGCCACCGCUGUCUGCCACAGCAAAGACAAGGUGUUCUGCACGUUUGAGGAUCUCCAUGGUGAUGACCUGCUGGAUUAUGGUGGUUUGGAGUUCCCCCAUAUUCAUUAUAACAGGUUCAACACCAAACCGUAUCGCUACUUCUAUGGCUGCGGCUUCCGCCACCUGGUGGGAGACUCGUUGAUCAAGAUGGACCUGGAUGGUAAAAAGCUCAAGGUGUGGUAUCAGCCAGGACUGUACCCAUCUGAACCUGUGUUUGUGCCCUCACCUGAUGCCAAGGAAGAGGACGAUGGGGUCAUCUUGUCUGUCAUCCUCACACCCACUGAGGAUAAGAGCACGUUCCUCUUGGUUCUGGACGCCAGGACGUUCGAGGAGCUGGGAAGAGCCGAGGUGCCCGUCAACAUUCCAUAUGGCUUCCACGGAACCUUUGACUCCGCAGAGAACUAAGUAGAAGUAGUAUUAUCACCACAAUAAGCCUGCGAUGACCACAUGCUGCCUUGACAGUGGCUACAUUAGCCCAGCACUGGACUGUUUAUUAUGGUUGAAGAUGCUCCUCACUGCUUCAAUACUUCAGAAAACCCAUGCCAAAGAUUUGCACAAUCGGAACACAGCACAGUGGCAGGAAUAAGGGAUCAUCAUGAAGGUCAGGGUGUAAUUCAAACAGACGAGGGAGGAGACGAAGGAGAAGGGAAUGCAAUAUAUUUUAUGUUACUUAUUCAACAUUGUUUUAUAUGAGAUUGUGCCAAAUGCAUCUUGUUUUACUGUGUCACACUGAAACCACUGUUUAAGCACUAAACUUUUUUAACCACUGAGCCUUGAUCAGGAGAAGACACAUUUGUUAAAUAUUCACACAUAACUCAUUAAUACAUUAGCAUUAAUGUAUAUAUUUUUAAAUAAGGAAAUCAUGUUUAACUGCUUUAUUCAUAUAUUUGCCAUUUCUUUCCAUUUUAUAAGCACUGUAUGCCUGAAAAAAUGUUGUCCUCCAGGCUAUGUGCAGUAUUUAGUUAUAUUUAACCAUUAUAAAAUGUUUCUCACUAAAUUUGAUGUCAUACUUUAAAGGCCACUGCACACCACACAUCCAAGUAUUCAUCCCAAAAUUCAAAACCAUUGUUUUUCAAGGAGGUACGCACACCAGCUCUGACACAGCGCAUCAAUGCGCACCGCUGCUUCGUGACUCCAAGCACUGUUCAAUUUCUCAGCACGUCACAGCGCCAUGCAACAUUUUGCCUUUACCAUUUUACAUUAAAGCUCUAUCAAGACUACAGAAAGCCCUAGUAGAUCACAUUUGGCUUGAAAUUUACACAAAGAAUGGCAGUCAAUCUUUUAGACAGACAAAUGCUAAUGGUAAGUUACCUAGCCUAGCAUUUUUCAGUAUCUUUUAGCUCAAAAACAGCCGGUUUGUGCAGAGGUAGUAAACUGAUGCCAAGCGUGAUAAGAGACACUGAACGCUUUACUUCAUUGUAUUUCAUUGUAUUGUAACUGGCUAUUAUUGACACGCCCUGUCAGCUUUCUAUAGCACUCUGCAGCAUGUCCAGUGUGCAGUUGCCUUAAAAAGA